AUGAUAUAUCCGUUCACUUGCUCGCCGAACGUCGAGGUCUCGAGUCGUUUUCGAUCGUACACCGUGACCGGUUUGCCUACGAUCCCCAUAUCCAUCUUUGCGAAGGGCAUCCUUGCCGUUACUGCCUGAUAUUCGCCACAACCUAGUGGCGCGCUUCGAUCGACAGUUGGAGCUAAAAGCCUUCGCUCCACGGGAAUCAACUUUUGUCAAGCAGCCUUUCGCACGAACCCGCUAAUCAACAAUGGCAUCGAGACUUCGAAAGUUCGGCGUGACAGCAGCCGGUAUCGCGAUCGGUGCCGCCCUGUCCACCUAUGCCCUGCAGCACAAAGAUACGCCCCAGUAUCAGGUUCAAAUGGAGGAAAUGCAACGUAUUCGACGUAAGCGAACGCUGCCUUCACGAUCGGAACAGAUCAAGGCGCUGCAGAGCGACGAAGAGUACGAUGUGCUGAUCAUCGGUGGUGGAGCCACUGGGGCCGGCUGUGCACUGGAUUCGGUCACGCGCGGACUUAAGACCGCCCUGGUCGAAGCGGACGACUUCGCCAGUGGUACCUCGUCACGAUCAACCAAGCUGAUCCAUGGUGGUGUGCGAUAUCUGCAGAAAGCCAUUCUCGGUUUGGAUAUUGAACAGUACCGGAUGGUAAAAGAAGCUCUGCACGAGCGCGCCUCAAUGCUGCGAUCGGCGCCACAUCUGACCAGACCACUGCCGAUCAUGCUUCCCGUUUACACCUGGUGGCAAAUUCCGUACUUCUGGGUCGGUAUUAAGGCGUACGAUUUCGUCGCUGGCGAUCGUAACGUGAAAAGCUCGUACUAUCUGUCACGCGCCGAUGCGCUGGAACUGUUUCCCAUGUUGCGCGGCGAUAAACUGUGCGGAGCUAUCGUGUACUACGACGGACAGCAGGAUGACGCACGUAUGAAUCUGGCCAUCGCACUGACCGCGGCACGCCAUGGCGCUGCCAUCACGAAUCACGUCGAGGUGUUGGAGCUGCUGAAGAAAAAGGGCGACGAUGGUAAGGAUGUGCUGUGUGGCGCCAAGGUCCGCGAUAACAUUAGCAAAAAGGAGUGGACGAUCAAGGCAAAGUGUAUCAUCAACGCGACCGGUCCGUUUACGGACUCGAUCCGCAAAAUGGAUAACCCGACGGUGAAGGAAAUCUGCUGCCCGAGCUCGGGCGUGCAUAUUGUGCUGCCGGGAUACUACAGCCCACAGCAGAUGGGUCUGCUCGAUCCGGACACUUCGGACGGUCGCGUUAUCUUCUUCCUGCCCUGGUUGAACGGCACGAUCGCCGGUACCACGGACUCGCCGUGCGAUGUAACGCGCACCCCCACGCCCACCGAGGACGAGAUCCAGUUCAUUCUGAGCGAAAUCAAGAACUAUCUCAACAAGGACGUUGAUGUUCGCCGUGGUGAUGUGCUGUCGGCGUGGAGUGGCAUCCGACCGCUGGUGUCCGAUCCGAACAAGGAGGACACGCAAUCGCUGGCUCGCAACCACAUCGUGCACGUGAGCGACUCGAAGCUGAUCACGAUUGCCGGUGGCAAGUGGACGACGUUCCGAGCGAUGGCCGAGCACACGAUCGAUGCUGCCAUCAAGGCGUGCAACCUGAAGCCCGAGCGCGGUUGUGUCACCGAUGGGCUGUGGAUUGAGGGCGCCCAGGGAUGGACACCGACGAUGUACAUCCGCUUGGUGCAGGAUUUGGGUCUGGAGGUAGAGGUGGCCAAACAUCUGGCCAUAUCGUACGGCGAUCGUGCGUUUGCCGUGGCCAAGCUGGCUACGCUGACUGGCAAGCGUUGGCCCAUCAUCGGCAAGAAGCUGCAUCCGGAGUUCCCGUACAUUGAUGCGGAGGUGCGCUACGGCAUUCGCGAGUAUGCCUGCACUUGCGUGGACAUGAUUUCGCGCCGUUUGCGACUGUCGUUCCUGAAUGUGCAGGCCGCUAUCGAGGCGCUCCCCAUGAUUGCAGACAUCAUGGCGGAGGAGCUAAAGUGGUCAAAGGACGAAAAGGAGCGCCAGAUAAAGCAGUGCGAACACUUCCUGCAGACGCAGAUGGGCCACCAAGCUAACCGCACACUGAAGGAGAAGGUACCGAUCAAUCUCUCCAAGCAGGAGGUCGACAUGUACGUGAAGCGCUUCGAAACGAUCGACAAGGAGAAGAAGGGCUACGUGUCGAUCACCGACAUUAAGCGCGCAAUGAAGUCGUUCGGCGAUGCGGAGGUCAGUGGCGAAGAGCUGCACGACAUUCUCAAGGAAAUCGACACCAACAUGAACGGACAGGUCGAGCUGGAGGAGUACCUACAGAUGAUGUCGGCAAUCAAGUCCGGAUUUGUAUCGCACUCUCGGUUUGCUGCGGUGGCGGAACAGGAAGAAAUCCGCAAGGAGCAGGAACGUCUCAAGAAGCAGAUCACCAUCGAGCGAUCUGGAGCCACUCAACGAAAGUCAAACUAAAACUCUGCGCGUUUGUGUCUUCAAACUGCCGCCACUAAAGCAUGUCCUCUACCUGUUUAAUCCACCAACAUUUGCACUCAAUGCGCGUUUGUGUGAACACCGUUGUGCAUUUGCGAGGCUAGAAACCAAAGCUCUCAAAGCAUAUACACUCACCAAGAAACCUCCUAUUUGUAUCCCGUUGUUGUUAAUAUGAUUGCAUUUUUGCGCAUCGUCGAUCGUGCAUCGUAUGCAGUUGUGUAUCUGUAAAAGCUGUCCAACUGUCGCUGUUCGCUUGCCAAGCGAAUGGAACGGCGGGCAGUGUAUUGCUAACCAGGCCCUGCGUGCUGAUACUAAGUGCUGUACCACGAACACGGCUGUUAUUUGUGACAAUGGAUAACUUAUGGUUGCUUGCAUAACACCCAGGAUGACCUUCGCUCCUCUCCAACGCGAUAAAAGACCUUACUCAUCGGCAGUUCCCACGUGCUCCCUGUUGGUUGGUGAAUUGAUGUUAAGAUACAGAUUAUUUUAAAUUCGAAUUACUUUUGAUCUUCACAAUUCACAAUUUAUUUAUUCGUACAACUACUUUCAUUGUUUCUAUCUGAUCGAUUGGCUUUGCAAGCUUCGUCAGGGUUCGGCACUACCCGAUACAAACAAUGAGCAUAAAUUAUAAAGUUAAUUUCCACAAACAAACAACGAAAAAAGUGGAAUUGCAAAAACCAUGAACCUGAAAAAUGUGCUUGAUAGCACAUUUCACGCUUUCUGUUUCGUUACGUUUGAAGAAAGUUUUUAAGAUUAAUGGCUAAGGAUAAUUCGAUGCAAAAUGUCAAAAUAUAAAAAAUAUGCGGAAAAAAGA